AGAUUUAGACAAUCUUACGAGAGAGGUCGAGGACGUUUAUGAAACCCGGCCCGUCCAAAGAAAUGGGGAAGGAAGUGUGCAGCGAUGUCAGUAUGGCAAAAGAGAACAAACAUUACACCGUAGAAGAAGUAAAACGACACAAUAAAAGGGAUGACAACUGGUUAAUGAUAAACGGGAAAGUGUAUGACCUCAGCCGGUGGGCAAAGAAACAUCCUGGAGGUGCCAAAAUCUUGGGGCAUUACGCAGGUGAAGACGCAACGGAUGCUUGGACAGCUUUUCACAAUGACAAAGGAUAUGUAUCCAAAUUCAUGAAAGCUUUGUAUAUUGGAGAUGUGGAAGAUUGGGACCAGAAUGAAACAGAAAUUAAAAAAGACUUCCGUAAGCUGAGGAAGUAUGUAGAGGAGAGCGGGUUGAUGAAGGUUAACCCUUUGUUCUACGUGUUUCAUCUCCUCCACAUCCUGGCCCUGGAGGUGCUGGCAUACCUGGUGGUCUGGCACUGGGAGGGAAGCAUGGCCGCUUUCUUUGUUGCGGCUGUACUGUUAGCCACCUCACAGGCGCAGGCAGGUUGGAGUCAACAUGACUAUGGUCAUAUGUCUGUAUUUCCUAGUAACAAGAUGAACCAUAUAUUUCAUCAUAUUGUUAUAGGGCAUAUUAAGGCUGCAUCAUCUCACUGGUGGAACUUUCGCCAUUUUCAGCAUCAUGCCAAACCAAAUGUGAUAAAGAAAGACCCUGAUGUCGAUAUAGCCUUUCUAUUUUUAAUAGGAGAUUAUAUUCCCAAGUCAUGGGGAAGCAAGAAAUUAGGAUUCAUGCCAUACAACUUUCAACAUAGUUACUUCUUUUUCUUGGGUCCUCCUUUGUUGUUACCAAUUUAUUUUCACGUUGAAAAUAUCUUUUUUGUUUUCAAGAGGAGAGAUUAUGUUGACUUGCUGAUGACUGUAACAUUCUUCUACAAGUUUUUCUGGCUGUAUGGCCCGUAUUAUGGAGGCUGGGGAGCUUUUGGACUCUACAUGUUUAUGAGAUUCUUAGAAAGCCAUUGGUUCACUUGGGUGACUCAGAUGAGCCACUUACCAAUGAGGGUAGAGAAGGAGAAGGAGGAAGACUGGUUCUCUCUCCAGCUCGCUACCACCUGUAAUGUGGAUUCCUCACCAUUCAAUGACUGGUUCACCGGCCACCUCAACUUCCAGAUUGAGCACCACUUAUUUCCAACCAUGCCAAGACAUAAUUUAGGAAAGAUAGCUCCUCUGGUGAAGUCGUUGUGUAAGAAACAUAACCUGCCUUACAGAUGUUCGCCUCUGUUUACAGCAUUUGGAGAUAUAGUCAGAAUGCUCAAAAAGUCAGGAGAGAUCUGGUAUGAUGCCUAUUAUCAUGGAUGACCAAAUCCUGAAAAUAAAGAAGAAGGAAUUCAGUUUGCAUCUGUCAACUAAAAUUAAAUUUAUCAGUUGACCAGCAUUCUUAACUAACUAUGCUUGUUUACCUGUGAUAUGCAUUAUCUGCAACUCAACCCCCCCCCCCCC